CAAUUCUAAUGGAGAUAGCUGCAGUUUCAAAACAGGUUGCCACCCAACAAAACUUGAUCAUGUCUGCUAUGGUUUUUGUUGUCCUCGGAAAGAGUGGACUUAACGCUGUCCUGCCAGUGUACGGAGCUGACCAGGUCCACUCACGGGUCAAGAAAAGGGAUUUUUUACACUGGUUUUAUUUCUUCAGAAGCGUAGGGGACGCCCUCGCAAAUGUUGUUGCAGGCGUCGCGUUUGGACUUCUACUGCCAGACACUCAUCAGUUGUGGAGGUUCCUCCCUACGAUUCUAUCGGUGGCUUUGGCUUUUAUCUCCUUUUUAGUUGGCUCCAAGUACUAUAUGGGUAGCAAUGUUCGCUUAAAAGAGUCGUGGAAAGUGAUAUCAGUCGUGUGUUCGUGUUGCCCCAUCACGAGCCGGAUAAGGUCUGGGUCACGUCGAAUGUCGCUCGGUGUUAACGUGAAAUCGAUAAAAAAAGCCAUAGCCGAGAAGAAAAAGAGGGUUAGAAGGAUGGUACAAAUUCUUCUUGUUAACUCGUCUGUUUUUGGUUUCGGUAUACUUUAUUCACAGAUGUUAACGACCUAUGAAUUCCAAGCGAGAGGAAUGGAUCGAAUGAUAAACGGAAAUGUUAGCCUUCCAAUCCCAGAAACGUAUAUGCUUGCCUUUAAUGAGCUCGCCAUAUUAGUGUUUAUUCCCAUACUUGUCAAGUGCAUUUAUCCUUGUAUUGAAAACCGAGGGCGUUCUACAGGCUACUUUACGAGAAUGGGGUUCGGAAUGGUAUGUGCCGCAUUCUCUGGUCUAUAUGGUAUAAUACUGGAGGUCUCGCGACAGCAGUCGUGUCAUCAGUUUGACGGUGUCCCCAAACUGAGCGGGCUGUGGCAGGGGCCUGAAUACGCCAUCAUUGGCCUGGGGGAGACGUUGACAUUCAUAGCAGCAAUGGAAUAUUCUUACCUGGAAGCACCAACGGGUUUGCGGGGGACGGCUAUGGGUUUGUUCAACUUGGGAUUUGGCUUGUCCUACUGCGUAGCGCUCAUAGUGGUAACAAUAGUGGAUAAAUUAACGGACUGGUAUACGGUGGACCUCAAGGACACAUGCCUGACACACAAUAUAGGUCACUUGGAGCGGUAUCUCCUGCUUUUACUCGGCUUUCUCGCUCUGUGUGCGAUAUCAUUUGUGAUAGUUGCGUUUUACUUAUCUUCCCAGAAACGCAAAUCUGCGGCGACGACGUCGACGUCAUAGCCGUCGACUAGCUAGAGAAGGAAAAAUGAUUGACAUUUAAAAGACCUGCUUGAUCCUAGCUGACAUCGAGUUUUCGGGUUUAGAGUAAAAACUUUAAGGGAUAAGAACUGUUCGUUUCGCCCAAAAAUAGAUUUUUCUUGGGUUAUCGACAAGUUUCCCGUACCUACCAAUGGUUCAUGAAUCCGUUCCGACAUUCAAAGUCCCCGUUUUUUUUUUUCUUCCAAAUUUUGGUUUUCUGUAAUAAUCUCUUAAGAGCCAUCUAUCGAGGUCACAGGGCCAGAUGGCAAGCACAAAUUCCAGAAUAAUUGUGAUAGCCAUCACCUUAGUGGUGAAAUAUAAUUUAAUAUAUUUAUAUGAGUUGUUAACAUUGUGCAUAUUGUGAAAUAUGAAUCUCAUAUAGAGUUGUUAUCCCUUAAAGACGUUAAUUUGAAUUGUGGGGCAAAAGGUUUUGGUAUACAUCAUUCGGCGAUGCCCGAAGUAUUUGUAAUAACAAAAGUAAGCGAGUGAUAGAAACAUUUUUAUUUGAUGCUAAACAUCUACCUUGAAGUCUGCAGCUAACGAGAAAAUGAUCCUGGUCAUGCUUUACUUUGUAUAACCAUUUUGCCAUCAUUUCUAUGUAAUAUUUUUGUUAAUGUUAAUAACAAUUAUUAUUCAACUAUGAUAACCAAGACUGAUUAACACUUUAAUAUUACUGCGGCGACGACGUCGACGUCAUAGCCGUCGACUAGCUAGAGAAGGAAAAAUGAUUGACAUUUAAAAGACCUGCUUGAUCCUAGCUGACAUCGAGUUUUCGGGUUUAGAGUAAAAACUUUAAGGGAUAAGAACUGUUCGUUUCGCCCAAAAAUAGAUUUUUCUUGGGUUAUCGACAAGUUUCCCGUACCUACCAAUGGUUCAUGAAUCCGUUCCGACAUUCAAAGUCCCCGUUUUUUUGUUCUUCCAAAGUUUGGUUUUCUGUAAUAAUCUCUUAAGAGCCAUCUAUCGAGGUCACAUAGCCAGAUGGCAAGCACAAAUUCCGAAAUAAUUGUGAUAGCCAUCACCUUAGUGGUGAAAUAUAAUUUAAUAUAUUUAUAUGAGUUGUUAACAUUGUGCAUAUUGUGAAAUAUGAAUCUCAUAUAGAGUUGUUAUCCCUUAAAGACGUUAAUUUGAAUUGUGGGGCAAAAUGUUUUGGUAUAUAUCAUUCGGCGAUGCCCGAAGUAUUUGUAACAACAAAAGUAGGCGAGUGAUAGAAACAUUUUAAUUUGAUGCUAAACAUCUACCUUGAAGUCUGCAGCAAACGAGAAAAUCAUGCUUUACUUUGUAUAACCAU